CUCGACCCCACAUUAUAAUAAGUUAGCCGUUGAAGAAUUUAAAUCUAUGUUAUAAUUACGUAGAUACCCUCAUACUUUUUCAUUUUUGACCCGAAGCCCCAUCUAAAUUCAAAUCUAAAAGCCGCCAACGUUUGCUUUUCCAAAAUCUAAAACUCAAUCUCCAACGUUCAUCUUCUUAAUCUCACCACCUCAAUUUCAAACCCUUCCUUCCAAAGGAAAAACCCCUUUCACCAAAAGCCCAGAAACAAGCAGAGCAGCAACUUCAUUACUCGAACAAAAUCUUCCCAGAUCUGACAUGAAACCCUAAUUUUUUUUUUCUCUCAAGAAAACAAUUGCAGGAAACCGAAUCCAGAUUUUGUUUUUCAAUUCCACUUUCAGAAUGUUGAGAGAUUUCAAAUUCUUGAGGCGAAACUCAAGCAAGAACGAGGAAGUUGAGAAUGUUCCAGAAAACCCCAGAGACUCACUAGCUUCUCAACCUAGCAAUGAUGGAUUGAGUAGGGCUCCUCUCAACACGAUUCAAGAUCCAAUGCUAAACCCUAAACCAGAACCAGAAGGAAGCAUUCGCAGCCGAAUCGACAAAACUCCAACAAAGCCCAAAGCUAAAUUGCCCGAUUCGACUUUGCCACUUAAAACCCCAGACAAACAUGGAUAUCUGUCUAAGAAUAGGUUUGGUUGGGCGAAGAAUGAAGCUGCCGAAUCCGAUUUGCGAUUUGGGGGGAUGACGAAUAUGACGCCAAGGGUGAGUAGGGGAAUAGGGAGGGCCAAUUCGAGUAGUUAUUCGGAGAGCAAUUCGACGCAGAGUACCCCAACAAAAAGCGUAAGCAAGCCUCUGGCUUCGGGUUUUAGGAACAAAUACGAUGGGAAUGGAGGGAUGCGUGGAGGGAAUUUUGCUGCAUUGUAUAAAGGAGUGCCUAGUUCUUCAUCUUGUGGUCCGCCUACUGUUGUGAAUACUGUUGAAGUUCCUCACUUUGACCUUAAGGAAGACCCGUCUUUUUGGAUGGAUCACAAUGUACAGGUUCUUAUUCGUGUCCGUCCUCUCAAUGGCAUGGAGAGGAGCACAAAUGGCUAUAACAGAUGCUUAAAGCAAGAAAGUUCUCAAAGCAUCGUUUGGAUUGGGCAACCAGAAACGAGAUUCACUUUUGAUCAUGUGGCAUGUGAAACAGUAGACCAGGAAAUGCUUUUUAGGAUGGCCGGUCUGCCCAUGGUGGAAAAUUGCUUAUCUGGCUAUAAUAGCUGUAUGUUUGCCUAUGGCCAGACAGGAAGUGGAAAGACAUAUACAAUGCUUGGUGAGAUUGAAGAUUUGGAACUCAAGCCAAGUCCACAACGGGGAAUGACACCACGGAUAUUUGAGUUUUUGUUUGCAAGAAUUCAAGCUGAAGAGGAAAUCCGAAGGGAUGAGAAGUUAAAAUACAAUUGCAAGUGCUCUUUCCUAGAGAUUUAUAAUGAACAAAUAACAGAUCUUCUCGAUCCCUCUGCCACCAAUUUGCUUCUGAGAGAAGAUGUUAAGAAAGGAGUAUACGUGGAAAAUCUCUCUGAAUUUGAAGUUCAGACUGUGAACGAUAUUUUGAAGCUUUUAACUCAGGGUUCUUUAAAUAGGAAAGUCGCAGCAACAAAUAUGAACAGGGAGAGCAGUCGUUCUCAUAGUGUUUUUACAUGCGUAAUUGAGAGCAGGUGGGAAAAAGAUUCCACAACUAAUUUACGGUUUGCAAGAUUAAACUUGGUUGAUCUUGCUGGUUCAGAAAGGCAAAAAACUUCCGGUGCUGAGGGCGAGCGUUUAAAGGAAGCAGCUAGCAUAAACAAAUCUCUGUCAACACUAGGUCAUGUAAUUAUGAUUCUUGUGGAUGUGGCUCAUGGAAAGCCACGGCACAUUCCAUAUAGAGACUCAAAGCUCACCUUUCUUCUUCAGGAUUCACUUGGUGGAAAUUCUAAAACAAUGAUAAUUGCUAAUGUCAGCCCAUCUAUCUGCUGUGCAACUGAAACGCUGAACACUCUAAAGUUUGCUCAGCGAGCAAAAUUAAUUCAAAACAAUGCUGUUGUGAAUGAAGAUUCCACUGGAGAUGUCAUUGCACUACAAAACCAGAUACGACUUCUAAAAGAAGAACUUUCUUCUCUUAAACGUCAGAAUGUCUCUCGGUCUUUGUCUUUUGGUCCAACAAUCAGUGGUACAAUGCAAUUGGAAGAAAAUCCUUCUGAUGAUAGCACAAAUGAAAUGGGUCAAGAACAAGUUGAUGUACUUGGAUAUGAAUCCAAAGGCAUCGUGAGAAUGUCCAGUAAGCAGUUAAAAUCUUUGGAGACAACACUUGCUGGUGCCUUGAGAAGGGAACAAAUGGCAGAAACUUCUAUCAAGAAGCUUGAAGCAGAGAUUGAACAAUUGAACCGUUUGGUUCAUCAAAGAGAGGAAGACACCAGAAGCACUAAAAUGAUGCUUAGGUUUCGGGAAGACAAGAUUCAAAGGAUGGAGUCACUUGUUCGCGGCUUACUACCUGCGGAUUCUUUUUUAUUCGAACAGAAUAAAGCGCUCUCUGAAGAGAUUCAGUUACUCCAAGCUAGAGUUGAUAAAAAUCCUGAAGUUACUCGUUUUGCUUUGGAGAAUAUAAGGCUUUUAGACCAACUUAGAAGAUUUCAAGAAUUCUACGAAGAAGGAGAAAAAGAGAUACUACUGGAGGAAAUAUCGGAACUUCGUCGUCAGGUAUUUCAAAUUCUGGCCCAAGAUAUUGUUAUUCUUCCAUUUGAUUUCUUUUUUGGAGAAUGUAUAAUUCCAGUCUUCCGUAUGCAGCUGCUUCAAUUUCUUGAUGGAAAGUCUAAGCAGCAUAGCUACCCAAGCUCAAAUGAUCAAUUGCAGGAAGCUGUUCGUAUGAGUAAAGAAAAUAACUCCCUACAGUUAGAGUUGAAAAGCACUCUCAAUGAGUUAGAAGAAUGCAGGCACAACCUUAAUUCUUGUUUAGAGGACAAUGCAAAACUUAGUAGAGAAAUUAACUAUUUACAUAGUAUGUUGAAUAGCUUCAAGUCUUCAGCUUGUCAUCAAGAUGGCAAUGUCCAAACCAUAAAGGAUCCAAAGGAGAUGAAUUCAAUUCAGGCAAUGACAAAUGCUGAGCAAAUUAUGGAUUUGCAGUUGGAAUUGGAUAUACUGAAGAUUAUUCUUCAAGAAGAGAAAAUAUCUCAUGGUGAAGUUGAAGAAAGGGCUAAAUGCUUAACUAGUGAUCUUGAGAUGGCAAAAGAAAAACUUUUGUUGCUGAGCAAACAAGUUGAAGAUACAAAUGGUGAACUAGAAGAAGCAAAGUCUGUAAUUGAAGCACUUGAGUCCCAACAAUUUUUGUCAAUCAAUGAGAUGGACGACUUACGGAAAAGCAACAGUCAUCUUGUGAAGCUUUUGAGUGAACAAGAAGUUGAAAUUAUUGCCUUGAAAAAGCAACUUUCCACUAGAGCUUUUAGAGAUCACCCACCACCUGUAAAGUUUGAGAGUGAAGACUCCACACUACAACUAAAACUAAAGAGGAUGCAUGACUCUCUUGAUAAGGCCAAGAAAAUGAAUAUCUGGUACCACAGUGAUCGUGCUAUUCAGGCAUCUAACGAAAAAGAAAUGGAUGAAAUUCGUCGGCAGGCUGAAGCUGAAACUGCUGAGGUUAUUGUCUGUUUACAGGAAGAACUUGCUAUUCUUCAGCAGCAAGUCCAUGAUUGUCAUUUGAAAGAGACGGAGGCUCAAAAGGGUGCCACCGUUUUAGAAACUGAGUUGAAGAAGUUGCAAGAAAAGGUAUGUAUGUUGACAGAAGAUAAUAAAAGGUUACUUGGAAAGCUUGAAUUGAAAGAUGGGGAGCUAAGGACGUUAUCAGAAGAGUGGGAACUGCUAGGUUCUGAGAUUGAAAAUAUACUUGUUGAUGGUCAUGAGGAACUUGUUGAUGCCUCUAAUCAACUGGACCUCAUUUCCUGUUCCUUUCCACAGAGAAGGAUUUGGAUUUCUGAGCAAGUUGGUAGGGUGGUCAGAAUACUCUCGGAAAAGGAAUUAUUGAUUGAAGAGCUUGGAAGAUGCCUAGAGGAUGCAACAGAUAAAAGAAGUGAGCUGGAAUGUAUGCUGAAGUCUUUGAGGGGCGCUGCACUGGUUAUCAAUGAAGCACAGCAGCAAGAAUGCAAUGAAAAGGAGAAAGAAAUUGUUCUACUGAAGACAGAACUGAAUGCAAAAACAUCUAUCAUGAAAAAGCUGGAGGACAAAAUGAAGAUAACUGAAGAUGACCUAAGAAAUGCAUCUGUUUGUGCAACUGUUGCUUUUGUACUUGUGAAUAGAUUAUCAGAGGCAAACCUUAAUCAUCUCAAUGCAUUGAAGGAUAAGGACAUGCGACUUGCAGAAUUAGCGGAGAUGACCUUGAGUAAGGAUGCUAUUCUCAUACACCAAGCUACCAUGAUUGAAGAAGCAGAAAAACAUAUUCAUUCCCUUAAAAAUGAAGUUGCAAAGUCAGAGGAAGCUUGCGCUGAGCUUGGGCAGAGGCGUUUGGAGGAGGAGCAGCGUGCUGCUUCUAUGAAACAAAAGCUUGAAGAUAUGGAAGAGAAUGACAUUUUGAAGACACAGGAGAAGCUGUCUGAGCUAAGAACUGGCGUAUCCACACUCAGGGCUCACAUGGGCUUGUAUAGAGAUUGUGACAGAAUUCCUGAAAGAAGCGUUAGGGAAAGGCUUUAUACCUCUGAUGAAGGCAUUGAUGAAAGACGGUCAAACAUAGUAACAGAUGACAAGGACUUGCACUCUGUUCAGGACCUGGAGACUGAUUGUUCCUUCAAAGUUGGAGAGAUUCUGCAUGGAUCUCCAUGUGAUGAGAAAUGUAUGGAGUCUGGGAAAUCUUGCAAGAAUCUGUGUGAUAGAGAAGUGGCCAUUAUUCUGUUAAAAAAGGAAAUAGAAUUAGCAAUGGAAAGCUUAAAAGAGGUUCAAGCUGAGAUGGGCAAAAUAUGCAAUGAAAAAGAGGAGAUCCAGUUGUCUGAGAAGCAGAGCAAGGAAAGCCUAAGGUGCCUCGCAAAACAUGCACUGGCUCUCGAAGAAACAAUGAGUGACUUCGAAAAGGUAUUGGAACUCAAGAUUGGAGCUGUCAAUCAUAAGAUAGAUACAGUUGAGCAAACUAUGCAACAAAUCAGAACCCACUGGCACCAGACAAAAGAGUUUCUUGAACUUGAAGUCAGUGAUGCAAAGAUAAUUGCAACUCAGAAAGCUGCAGAGGCUUUUUGUAUUCUUGCUAAAUUUGAGGAGGCAAAAGAUACCAUAACAGAAGCAGAUAUUAUGAUCAAUGGGCUCAUGAUUGCUAAUGAAACCAUGAAGCUUGAUAUUAAUAGGCAGAAGCAAGUGGAAGCCAUGCUAGUUGAUGAGAGGGAUGCACUAAUUACCGAGGUACAAAGCUUGCAAUCCAUUAAUGUUCUGAAGGAUCAGCAACUUGAAGACCUUGAAGGGCAGUUUGGAUCAAGUUUGACAGAGACAAGGAAUCUGGUUGCUGAACUGGAGGGUCUCAUCAGUGAGGUGCAAACUACUUUCUCUCAGAAUGUCAUGGCUGUGGUUUCUGAUUGCCUUUGCCUUAAGUCUCUGCUGUAUAAUUCGAUGAAGUUAGCACGGUCAUCACUUGAAGAUGUCUGGUCGGAGAUAAUCAUGAAGGACUGUGCAGUAUCAGUGCUUCACCUAUGUCAUAUGGGAAUUUUGUUGGAAACCUUGACAGGGCUGAAUGCGGAGAAUGGUUUGCUUCAACAUGGCUUGUCCGAGUCAAAUGCUGUUAUGGCUGAUUUGAGGGAGCACAAUUCCAAGUCAAGAAGAGAGCUUGAAAUAUGUAGAGUUAUUCAGGGAAAACUUCUAGCUGAUAUUAGGCAUAGUUUUGAUCGAAUAUCAAAGAAGGAAGAGGAAACUGAUGAGCUUAGUGUCAAAUUAGUCACUUUUGAGAAAAAGAUAUGUGAUUUACAGUUUCAAGAGGAAGUUAUGUUGCAAAGAUCUAACUAUAUGGGAUCUCAACUUACAGUUCUAAUGAAGGAAUUGGAUUCGAGUAACACAAAUUUUGAAGCUUGCCUUCUUGAUCAAGGGCAACUGCUUAAAGAUAAAGAAGAGCUUCUUAAAUCUCAGGCUGAGAUUUCUAUGGUAGAAUUGUGGAACAAAGACUUUGAGUCUCUUAUAUUGGCAUCAGAGAUGGAACAAAUGGUUGUCUGCUUAGCUGAUUCCAGAAAAGAGCUUACCGAUGCUUAUGCUGUCCUUGAUGGUUUAAAGAAAGAAAUUAUUUUUUCAAAAGUAGAUGCAUGUUUGAAGGAACAGCUCUUGGUGGAGUGGGAAAUUGAGUCGUCUUUUCUACAAAAAAAUGUUGAAGAAGCACAAAGUGAGUUAAGAAACUUGAGGAAAGAGAACUGUCUACUUCUCCAGGAUCUGGAGGAGAAGAAAUCUGAGCUUGAAUCCUCUGUGAGUUGGCUUGGUUCUUCUAAUAUGGAACUUCACCAGUUGAAAGAAAAAACUUUUUCCUUGGAGACUUGCAUUACUGGUCUACAAACUGAUCUAGAGCUGAAAUCCAUGGAAUUGAAGGAACUCGAACAUUCUCAAUCUAUGAUCAUGGAGGAUUUAGGUUUGAAGAGUCAUGAUUUGCAAAUUUCUGUCGAGAGAGUAAACACGUUAAGGGAAGAGAAUGCUCUCUUGAGCAAGAAACUAAGAUCUCUUGAGAAAAAUAAGCUUGAAGCCUACAACAAGUCAAGCUUGAAUGCUGCAAAAUGUGUUGAUUCAGUGGAAUGUAUAGAUAUGGCAGGUAGCAGGUUAUUUGGCAUACUGAAUAAAGAAGGUGUUACAAUUGCUGAUAAAAUGUUUCAUGAGUUGCUUGAUAAUGCAGAGUGGAUAUCUAAGUUCAUAGAAGAGUUUGAGUACUUAGAGCAUCGUGCCAAAGAGCUGGAAUCUGAAAAUGUGACUCUCCAGGCAGAGUUAUCAAGGAAGGAUAAGGUUUUGAAAGGUCUAUUAUUUGAUCUCAGUCUAUUACAAGAGUCUGCUUCUAAUACCAAGGAUCAAAAAGAUGAAAUUGAAGAAAUGGUUUCUUCUUUGGAGGCUUUAGAAGAUGAGCUUGCUGUAAAAUCAAGUGAACUUAAUGAGGCUGUUAGUCAUGGUCAAAUGCUUGAAGUGCAGCUGCAAGAGAAGCUAGACAUGAUCUCCAGUCUUCAGUUGGAUAUUUCAGAUGAACGUGAGUCUUUGAAACUUCUCUGGUCUGAAAAUCAGGAGUUGAAAGCUCAUAUUGAAGAUGCCUUAGCAGAAAAAAGUUCUCUUGAGGAAAAACUGAGAGAAAGAACAAAGAUAACUGAGAGCUUGGAGGUGGAACUCUCAGAAAUGAGUAAUGCCCUUUCCCAAAUGAAUGAUACCAUAGAGUCCUUGACUAGCAAUUUUAAUGAACUUGCUGGUGAAAGAGAUCAGCUUCACAUGAAGGUGCUUAGCUUGGAAGAAAAGCUUGGAAAGGCACAGGCUGAGGCUAAACAAAGUGAAGCUAUUGCAAUGGAAGCUCAACAGAUGGCUGAAUCAAGGAAGGCAUAUGCUGAAGACAAAGAAGCUGAGGUGAAGCUAUUAGAGAGAUCUGUUGAAGAGCUAGAAUGUACUAUAAAUGUUCUGGAAAACAAGGUUGACAUUAUCAAAGGAGAAGCUGAACUUCAACGAUUACAAAGAGAGGAGCUAGAAUCGGAGCUUCAUGCUGUAUUAGUUCAGAUGCAGAAUGUUAAAAAUGCUGAUGCUGACAUGAAAAGGUGUUUAGAUGAGAAGAAGAAAGAUCUUCAACAAGCCCUGGAUCAUAUUCAAAUUCUUGAAACAGAUAUAUCUAACAAGGAUAAAGAGAUUGCCCAAUGCAAAACACAUAUUUCUGAACUAAAUUUGCAUGCUGAAGCCCAAGCGAAUGAGUAUAAGCAAAAGUUCAAGGCAUUGGAAGCCAUGGCUGAACAAGUCAAACCUGAAGGUUACUUCACCCAUGCCCAAAGUCAUUCUGCAAACAAGUUAGAGAAAAAUGUGGCAAAGCCGAGAGGCUCUGGUUCCCCAUUCAAAUGCAUUGGAUUGGGCUUGGCACAACAAAUAAAAUCGGAGAAGGAUGAGGAUCUUACAGCUGCAAGGCUGCGCAUUGAAGAAUUAGAAACCUUAGCAGCAAAUCGACAGAAAGAGAUAUUUGGUCUCAAUGCAAGACUAGCAGCUGCAGAGAGCAUGACCCAUGAUGUGAUUCGAGAUUUAUUGGGAGUCAAAUUGGACAUGACAAAUUAUGUGUCAUUGUUGGAUGAUCAGCAAGUGGAGAAAAUAGCAGAGAAGGCAAGACUUGAUUGUUUAGAAUCUCAAGUGAAGGAGCAUGAGGUUGUCAAGCUUAAGCAGCAACUCAAUGAAUUUGUUGAGGAGAGGCGAGGGUGGCUUGAGGAAAUUGAUAGAAAACAGGCUGAGCUGGUAGCUGCGCAAAUAGCAUUGGAGAAGCUUCGUCAGCGAGAUCAGUUGCUUAAAACUGAAAAUGAAAUGCUGAAGAUGGAGAAUGUAAAUUACAAGAGGAAGGUGAUGGAACUUGAAGGAGAAGUAAAGAAGCUGUCUGGCCAGCAAAACCUCCAACAGCGAAUUCAUCACCAUGCCAAAAUUAAGGAGGAAAAUAACAUGCUAAAAAUUCAAAAUGAAGACCUUGGUGCCAAACUGCGGAGGACAGAGCUUGUCCUUUCACGUGUCAGGGAAGAGCUUGCUCAUUAUCGCGCUUCUAUUGGGAAAAAUCCUCAUAUUAACUUUGACGAGGAGCAACGUUUGAAUAAUAAACUGAGGGAAUCUGAUGAUGACAGGAUGCAACUAGCACAGAAGUUACUGGGAUUGUGUACAAGUAUUCUAAAGGCCGCUGGUAUAAGAAAACCAGUUUCUGAUAUAUGCCCUGCUGCUGCUGAAGAGGCACUCGAGCAGCUCCAACAUAAAGUCAUCUCACUUGAAAGAGAAUUGCAAAGUUUGACACUCAAGAAUAGGAUUACUAGUGAAAGAAACAGAUUGUCAGACCUAGUGCCCCCGACUUCACCAGUAAGUACAAGAACAGAAAACAGUCAUCCUCCAAAAAGGGUAUCCCAAGCUCCAUUUCUUUCUACAUUAGAUCGAUAGCCACGUGUCAAAUUCGAAGGAGAAUGCAAUAGUAGCUUUUGUUUUGCU